AUGCAUUUUUACAUCCCACCUUCUACAACAAAAACUCUGCCACUUACACAUCCUGCACUGGGAGGAGGUUUCGGUCCUGGUUACAAAUUUCGAUUUGGCUACGACUUUGUCGGAGAUUAUUACUCUGGAGACAAUACUCCGGUUCCUGAUUCAGAUCCUUACGACUGUAACGGACAUGGUACGCAUGUGAGUGGUACUAUCGGAUCGAACGGUCCUGUUUUCAUCGGUGUUGCUCCGAAUGCCACUCUGAGCAUGUAUCGUGUUUUCGGCUGUUCUGGUUAUACAACAACAGACGUUCUGAUUGCUGCCUACGGUGCUGCUUUCAAAAACGGUGCUCAUAUAAUCACUGCUUCGAUGGGUGGCCCGUCAGGAUGGCCAGACGACGCGUGGGCAAUAGUUAUUAGUAGAAUAGUCAAAGCCGGUGUUUCUUGUACUGUUGCUGCGGGUAAUGAUGGAAACGAAGGGUUAUUCUACGGGUCGUCGGGCGCAAGUGCCAUUGGUGCGAUUGCUGUUGCAUCCAUUGACAACCUGGGUUCUCCUGAGCUUGGUUAUCAAGGAGAAUUUUAUGUACAAUUGGGACCAAAACUGAAUUUUCACUAUUUGGCUGGUUUCAAUAACUUUCCGAGUACAAUAUCUGGAUACGCAUUAUACGCUUUUGGGUUGAAAAACAUCAAUUCAACUGAUGCAUGUUCACCACUACCAUCAGAAACCGAAUCAUUCUCUGAAAAGAUUGUGUUGAUUCGUUUAGGUAAUUGUUGGAUAUGGGAACAAUUGGAUAAUCUCAAAAAAAUCGGAGCGAAAUACGUUAUGUUCUAUAUAAGCGUAGAUUCUACAGAUUAUUGGGAUAGUUUCGACGAGACUAUCGUCGGCGUAGUCUCGAAACAACAAGGUAUAACAUGGUUAAGCUAUCUUAAACAAGGCCUUAGCGUCAAACUGUACUUCUCUAGCAAUCCUCCACCAGGCGUUGUGGAUUGGCCGAACACUGACACCGGUGGCAAGAUCAGUAAAUUUUCAUCGUGGUAUCCAACAAAUGAUCUUAAUGUCAAGCCCGAAAUUGCUGCGCCAGGUGGUAAUAUUCUCUCGACGUAUCCUAGUAAUAUGGGUGCUUAUGCAGUGUUAUCGGGAACAUCCAUGGCCACACCUUAUAUAGCCGGGGUAUUAGCUUUAUACCUUCAUGCCAAGGGUUUUCAAGAAAAGGUGAAUUCACUUGUUCUUAGAGAUAUCCUUAUUACGACGGCAACUCCUGUCUUUUUUAAUGACGGCUCGAUAAACUAUCCAAAUUUGGCUCCUGUUGCUCAACAAGGAGGUGGACUUGUUGAUGCAUUUGCUGCCGUGAAAUCGGUUACUCGAUUCAGCUUGAGUACAAUAGCAUUGAAUGAUACUGCAAAUUUCAAGAAACAAGUGAAAUUUACCAUAACAAACACAGGCAGUGCUACCGUUUCCUAUCAACUAUAUCACAGGAGAGCUGCAACGGCCUAUGCAUUCUCCAAAUACUGGAAUAUACCUCAGCGUUUUCCUCCCGAACUUAUUUUACAAUAUGCCAGCGUUUGGAUAUCGCCUUCAACUGUGACAUUAUCAAGAAAAAACAAGACCACAAUUACAAUAACUUUUACCGCUCCAACGGGACUCAAUAUUCAACGUAUUCCAGUUUACUCCGGCUAUAUUGCCAUCAAGGGAAAUAAUGGUGAAAGUUUUCAAAUUCCUUAUGCUGGAGUAGCGUGUGAAAUGAAAAAGAUCAACCUGAUUGAUUCGACCUUGUCUGAACCGUCCCUUCACUACUACCUCUUUGAGUUUUAUACUGCACCUGUCGUUGCAUAUCAAACCAUUGAUCUCAAACUUUACCCACUUAUUUAUCUGUUUAAUCUGGUGAUGCCGUCCAAUCUCGUACGACUAGAUAUUCUUGGUAAAGGCAAACAGAUCAAUGUUGCCGGAGUCAAUAUUCUUGGCAGUGCUGCUAAUUAUCCCUAUUAUUCGUGGCCUCGGAGUAGUAGUGAUGAACUGAGUGAAGCUUUUUGGAACGGAACACUGAGUACAGGUGUAAGGGUUCCACCUGGAAACUAUUCAAUGCUGCUACGGGUGCUCAAACUUUUUGGAAAUCCAAACAAUGCAAAUGACUAUGAACGCUGGCAAAGUCCAAUGUUCAAUAUUGUCUACUAA